UGACAUCAUUGUUAUGAUGGUUGUGCUGUCUCUCUGGAAAUUUACUGCUGCUCUCGGUGGAGACUGAUCCAGUGAGUGGCUUUUUCAAGCUGUUUGGCAGAGGUCGACUGGACAGGUGUCACUCAAGAUGGAUGUCAAGAAAAAGACCUUCUUGGAAAAUUUGCGUCUGAAAACUAAGUUGGGCAACCUGAAGAAGCCAAAUAAGAAGGCCCUUGCCAAACAAGGAAGAAACCUGGCCCACCGGCGCAGUAUUUCUGUACCAGACCUAAGCUUUGUGCCAGGUGGAGCAUUCUCUACAGACAACGCCUUGGUGUACACUCCCAAUGAUGCCAUCUUCUUUGGCCAUUCCCCUGGUCAGAGUGAUACUGAUUCUAUUGCAAGUGGCUCGAUCGGUGAUGGACCCUACUUCACAGACAGACUGAACGAUUCAGUCCCAGAAAUUAGACUCCACGGUCCCACAGAUCGCACAACUGCUGCUUUGAAGAGAGUAAGUGCCCCAGCGGGGACACCUGGCCUUUAUGAGGAAAUUGAUGAUAUGAUGAAUUUAGCCUCACAGAACAAGGUGAACAUGACUUCAGAAGGCUUGUAUGCUCAACCUGAUAAAAGGGCCAAAGGGAAUGCAACAAAAUUUCCUUUUGAACCUAUUCCUGCACCAAGAUCGGUUUUUACCAAUGCACUUUCCCCAAGACCAGACCACGUAGAGAGAGCCAGUGUCUCUAGUGAAGAUAUCCCAGCUGACAGAGUGCUUUCAGGGAAUGUUUCUGCAGUUCUGGCCAGAGCAAGCUCGCUGGGAGAACAAAUGUACCCUUCCACAGAAAAGAGGACCACAUUAUUUGAGUAUGGACAGCCAUCAUCUGAAAAAGGAACUCCGCCAGUAACCAGAGCAAAUGCUCCUGCAGAUAGAAAACCAUCAUCUGAAAAAGGAACUCCGCCAGUAACCAGAGCAAAUGCUCCUGCAGAUAGAAAACCAUCGUCUGAAAAAGGAACUCCACCAGUAACCAGAGCAAAUGCUCCUACAGAUAUGUCUCUCACAUUAGAUAAUCUGGGUAUUCCAUUAGAGAAUGCAGAUGGUACCUCUCUGGACUCUGCCUGUGGCAGUCCCUUCGAGGAGCAAGUCUUCAUGUCCUGGGUGACAGAGCAGGAGGAACUGGACCGAGAACCCUACUCUCCUUUUUUGAUGAGAGACUACUCCAUGGAAGAAGCUCUGCUAGAAGAAACCCAGGCUGAGGAGGCCCUGGAAGAUAUCGCAGAGAUGUCCAGUGAACCAUCUGAGUUUUUCGAUGAAAUGAUGCAAGAUCCUCUGGAAAGCACUCAGGUUGUGACGACAGGGCCUGAUGUCCAAGUACCUACCCAGUGCCAGCGAUACCUCCUGAACAUCAACCUAAAGCAGGGAAAGAACCUGGUCAUCCGAGACAAACGCUCCGGGACCAGUGAUCCUUACGUGAAGUUCAAACUUGAAGGAAAACAGUUCUAUAAAAGCAAAGUGGUUUAUAAAAGCCUGAAUCCACGGUGGAAUGAGUCCUUCUCCCAUCCUCUUCGAGACAGACAGCAUGACGUGGAAGUUCGGGUCUACGAUAAAAAUCGGACUGCUGAUGAGUUCAUGGGUUCCGGCAUGAUUUCUCUUAAAAAUCUUGAUUUGUACAGAACCUAUGAAAUGGAGGUGCGUCUUGAUGAUCCAAAAAGUAAAGAAGAUGACAUGGGAUUUAUUGUUGUUGAAGUCUGCUUGAUGUUUAGAGAUGCCACCGUCAAAAGGCCCCCGAGAUGGCCACAAAGAAAGAAACAGCAGAACCAGGCCACGCCAUCCCCGCGGUCAGCUGAGACGCAGAAGAAUCAUCUGAAGAACCAGAUGUGGACUGGGGUGCUUGGUAUCACCUUGGUGCAGGGACAGGACCUGCCACAGCAUGGCCAUGGGGACGUAUACGUCCGCUUUCGCCUUGGUGAUCAGAAGUACAGGAGCAAGAACCUUUGCAUUCAGGCCAAUCCCCAGUGGAGAGAGCAGUUUGACUUCAAUCAGUUUGAAGAUAACCAGGAACCUCUGCAGGUGGAGGUGUUCUCAAAGAGAGGGAGGAAGGGUGAGGAAUCAUGGGGGAUGUUUGAGAUUGACCUAUCGCGACUUCCACUUAAUGAGAGGCAGCUCUACACUCAUGUGCUGGACCCCGGAAAGGGCAGUCUGGUGUUUCUGGUCACCCCGAGACCCUGCUGGGGAGUUUCCAUCUCUGACAUGGAAACAGCUACCCUGGAAAAGCCUGAAGAGAGAGACACAAUAGUGGAUAAAUUUAGCUUAAAGAACUCGCACAAGUGUGUGGGGGAGGUUGGUUUCCUUCAGGUCAAAAUUGUAAAGGCAAAUGAUCUUCCCGCCACAGACCUCAACGGAAAAAGCAACCCUUUAUGUGUUGUUGAACUCGGUAACAGCAAACUUCAAACUCACACAAUCUACAAGAACCUCAAUCCGGAGUGGAACAAAGCCCUUACAUUCCCAAUUAAAGACAUUCAUGAUGUGAUAGAGUUGACUGUCCUGGAUGAAAAUGGAGACAAAGCCCCAAACUUUAUUGGGAAAGUGGCCAUUCCAUUACUGACGGUGCAAAAUGGACAGGAGAUAUCUCUGUUCUUGAAGAAAGAAAACUUGGGAAGUACAUCAAAAGGAACCAUCACACUGGUGCUGGAGGUUAUCUAUAACAAAGUCAGAGCUGGUAUCAAAACCUUCCAGCCGAAGGAGGCAAAAUUAAUGGAGGAAAACCAGAAGUUCUCCAAAAAGGUUCUUGCCCGGAAUAUAUAUCGGGUUCGAAAAAUCAGCACAGCAGUUCUGUACACGUUACAGUACAUUAAAAGCUGUUUUCAAUGGGAGAGCACGCAACGGAGUCUAAUAGCCUUUCUGAUCUUCCUUGUGACGGUGUGGCACUGGGAGCUCUUCAUGCUUCCCCUCUUCCUGCUUCUGAUCAUUGGCUGGCACUACUUCCAGCUCUCUGCAGGGAAGGCCAGCUCCAACCAGGACCUGGUGAACAUGAGCAUGGGUGACGACGAAGAGGAAGACGAGAAGGAAUCUGGAAAAAAGGGUUUGAUGGAUAAGAUACAUAUGGUGCAGGAAGUGUUGCUGGUUGUCCAGAACGUUUUGGAGGAAAUCGCAAACAUCGGGGAGCGAAUCAGGAACAUAGUCAACUGGUCCGUCCCGUUCCUGUCGUGCCUGGCCUGCCUGGUGCUGUUUGUGGCAACAACGCUGUUAUAUUUCGUCCCUCUGCGAUAUCUUGUGCUGAUAUGGGGCGUUAACAAAUUUACCAAGAAGCUGCGCAACCCAUAUACUAUUGACAAUAAUGAAAUACUGGAUUUCCUCAAGAGGGUGCCUUCUGAUGUUCAAAAGGUGCAGCACAGCGCGCUGAGAGCGCCCACCAGCCAGAACCAGCCGAAGAAGAAAAGGUAGACUCCGCGGACACGCUGGAUGAAAGGCUGUUCUCCUUUUGAAUACAGUACGACGCAGUCCACCUGACAACAGUGCUCCAGUGCCAGCAGAGCCCAUGACCCUGUGCACCCCACCAUACCACCCUAACUCUGCCCCCUGCUGCUGAGGGGCAGCCAGCCGCUCUCUGGCUUGUGUGUUUGCCACCCCCCUGACAGAGGCUGUGAACUGCAGCAGCUAGGAGGGCAGCACAUGGCGCUGUCAAUCACAAGCCUGGAGGUAAAGAAAAGAGAGCGCUGCAAGGCUCAGCCUUCAUCUUUGGAUAUAAUUUAGAAAAGGAAUGAAAAGCGUCGGGUUUGGCUUACCUUAGACCUCCACUGUCUUGCUGUUUUUUUCUUACUUUGGUGAAACUUAGAAAUUUGCCUUAAGGUUAAGUUUAUACAAGCUUAACAGUUUAUGGAAAACACACCGUGGCAAGGUUUUUCUUUAUCCAUGUGUUAAUAUAAUUACAGGUCAGAAGGUCAUGUAUAUUGCAAUAGAUUUUUAAAUAAUCAAAAUUACGUUUUGACGCACAUUUAAAAUAUUUUUACAUAAUAUUGAAUAUUGCCGUUCUUGUUGUGGUAAGGAUUUACUGUAUAUAAUAUGCCAUCAGCAACAAAUCUAUAUUUAUGUAAUGUGUGUGUAUUUUUUUCAGCUGACUUUAUGCUCGUGUAUAUUAGACUGAUUAAUUUGAGAGUUUUAUUGUUACUCAGUUUCUUGUCUUCAUCAUCAAAUUGAGAAUUUGCAGGAAUCCUGAAUAAAGAAUCUUGAUCAGUUUGA